AUGGCGCGGAUCAAGCCUCAAGCUCUUUUGCAACUAAGUAAAAAGAAGAAGGGACUGAAUAGAAUCAGCGUCACUACCAUUCUAAUUUACGCCCUAAUUGUUAUAGUCAUGGCGUUUUUUCUUUACUCUUCCUACAGGCACUGGUCUAGGAGGUCACAAUUUCAUAUGAAGAAUGCGUCAUUGGGUGUAGAGCACGAUAAUAUGUUUGGUGAUUUAGAGAAGGCAGUUGCCAUCCCCAAAUAUGCGGUGAUAAAAACCUCAAAAGGAUCAAUAACUGUUGAACUAUACACUGAAGGCGACGUUGAUAGACCUGGAACAACUGAAGAUUGGACUUCAAAGGGAAAACAUUAUAAUCAACUCGACACAAGCUUGAAGCAUGAAGCUUUUAUGCUUGGUACUUCCAAGGCAAAACAGGAUGGCAGUGGAUUCCAUCUUUUCAUUACAACUGCACCAAUUGCAGAUCUAAAUGAGAAAAUUAGUGUAUUUGGACGAGUUGUCAAGGGUGAAGAAGUUGUACAGGAAAUUGAAGAGGUGGACUCAGACGAGCAUUAUCAACCUAAAACACCUAUAGAAAUCACCGAAGUGACUUUGAAACAAAAGAUCUAA